UGUAUUUUGAAUUUUGACAUUUACCUUCACUUCACUUGACUAACGAAAGCUUACAUUUUACAGAAAGUUACUUUAACAUUAUUUAUAUUACACAAUGAAAUCGUUGCAAGAUUUGGAAGAUUUUAUAAAAUCAAAGGAAAAUUUCCGCAACUUUCGAAAUUACUCUGAUGUUCCACCUAUAUGCAGGUCUGAGGCAUGUAUGCUUGGAGUGGACGAAGCCGGGCGCGGACCGGUUUUAGGUCCAAUGGUUUAUGGUGUUGCUUAUUGUCCAAUAGGCCAGAAUAGCGUGCUUGAAGCUUUAGGUUGCGAUGAUUCCAAAGUACUGAAAGAUACAAAGAGAGAUGAAAUAUUAACAAAAAUGUUUACUGAGGAUGAUUCCCUUAAUAAUGUUGGAUGGGCAGCAGAGAUUAUCUCACCAAACUAUAUUUCAAAUUCUAUGUAUAAGAGAGCCAAACAUUCUUUAAAUGAGGUGUCAAUGAACUCGGCUAUAAAUCUUAUCAAAGAUGUUGCAGAAAGAGGAGUGAAUAUAACUGAAGUUUAUGUGGACACAGUGGGGCCGCCAGAGAAAUAUCAGGCUAAAUUGUCAGAGAUAUUCCCAAACUACAAAAUAACAGUAGCUAAGAAGGCUGAUUCUUUGUAUGCAAUUGUUUCUGCUGCAAGUAUAGUAGCAAAAGUGACUCGAGAUCAUGCACUUAAAGUGUGGCAAUUCCAAGAAGGCUUAGACAUAGAUCACACUAAAUUUGGGAGUGGAUACCCUUCAGAUCCAACGACUCAGAAAUUUAUGAGCGAGCAAAUAGACAAUGUUUUUGGAUACCCUCUACUAGUAAGAUUCAGUUGGUCCACUGCUGAAGUUAUGUUGAAAGAAAAAGCGGCGGCUUGCACUUUUGAAGAAGUCGAUGACGAAGGAACUACAAAGAAACCUACAAAAUCAAUUAGUUCAUUCUUUUCACCCAAAAAAGAAGGUGAAGCAAAACGCAGAAAAAGUCAUAAGUUUUUUGCAGAAAGACAUUUAAGUGUUUGUAACGUUUUUGAGUAAUAAGUGAAAUAAAUAGACUGAAAUUUGAA